CCACGAGGGGCGUUGGGGUCAAGUGAGAAAAUUUCCCUUGUCAAAAAUUUCCCGCUCCUCCAUCUUUCUUUUGCUUUCUGCACAACGUGGUUUGCCUUUCGUGCUGAAAGAAAAUAUAGUUUUUAGGGAAAAUGGGACGGUACGCGCGUGAACCAGACAAUGCAACUAAAUCCUGCAAGUCGCGUGGAUCGCACCUGCGUGUGCAUUUCAAGAAUACCCACGAAGCGGCUAAUGCCAUCAAGCAUAUGCCUCUGAGACGUGCCCAGCGAUUCCUCAAGAAUGUCGUGGAGAAGAAGGAAUGCGUUCCCUUCCGUCGGUUCAAUGGGGGCGUUGGACGCUGUGCUCAGGCUAAGCAAUGGAAAACGACGCAGGGGCGCUGGCCCAAGAAGUCAGCUGAAUUCCUACUGCAGCUCCUGAGGAACGCUGAAUCCAAUGCUGACUACAAAGGAUUAGAUGUGGACAGGUUGGUGAUUGAUCACAUUCAGGUGAAUCGUGCUCCCUGCCUCAGGCGUCGCACAUACAGAGCCCAUGGUCGUAUCAAUCCCUACAUGUCCUCUCCGUGCCACAUUGAGGUAAUCCUAACGGAGAAGGAGGAAGUUGUGGCCAAGGCGACAGACGAAGAGCCCACAAAGAAGAAGCUGUCCAAGAAGAAGCUCCAACGGCAGAAGGAAAAGAUGAUGAGGAGUGAAUAAGUUAUCCCAAAAUGCAAAAUUGGGAAUCAAUAAAUAUUCAUCAUCUCUUACAAAAA